AUAAGCAUCAAUCAUCAGACCGUUCAUCAUAUAUAAACCAUCAUCGCCCCCUUCAUCAAUCUUAUCAACUCUCUACAAGAUAUUCACCUUUAACGCUAUUUCAAAUCCUCAUCCAAGAUGCGUGUAUCAGCAAUCUUCUUCGCCGGCCUCGCCACCGUGGCAUUGGCAGUCCCCGUUGAGGUUGGGUCCGGUUUAGUUGAGCGGUAUAGACCUAUCAAGUUGACCGACUCGGCCCUUGAAGGAAAGGAAAGCCAGACGGAGAAGCGUCAAUAUGAACCUAUCGAGAAGCAGAUCAAGGAGGUUGCGGCGUAGAAACGCAAAUGUUGACCUUCCUGAAAAGAUGUGCGGACCAUGAGAGGGACGGUAGAUUGACAAAAUGAAAGCAGCGAUGGGGUUGGAAGAGACUUAUGAUAGCA